UUUCUAGUCUCUAGGGUUUACAGCAGCAAACAUAUCAUCCAUCUCUCACCACCCCUCAAAAUCAAAAUAAAAAAAAUGGGCAAAAAACGAAAACACAGUGAAGUAGAAACCACCGUGAAAAAGGAAGAAACAGCACCCGAAAGACCAAAACGUACUCUUUUAGGCUGGAAAGAUAAUAAACCCCAUCAACAACAAGAUUCUACCCCUGGUUUUAGAAACAAAGAAAAAGUUCUCGUCACUUGUUCUCGCAGGAUCAAUUACAGGUAUAGGCAUUUGAUGUUGAAUUUGGUGUCUGUUUUACCGCACUGUAAGAAAGAUAACAAAGUGGAAUCAAAGGCUACAAAAGGAGCUACUUUGAACGAGCUUGUUGAGCUUAAGAGCUGUUCUUCUUGUCUCUUUUUUGAGUGCAGGAAACACAAAGACCUUUACUUGUGGAUGUCCAAGUGCCCGAAUGGUCCAUCUGUGAAGUUUUUAGUGAAUGCAGUUCACACAAUGGAAGAGUUAAAGCUCACUGGAAAUCAUCUUAAAGGUUCCCGUCCUCUUCUCACAUUUUCGUCAAAUUUUGAUAAAGAUCCACACUGGAAACUCCUGAAAGAAAUGAUCACGCAGAUAUUUGGAACUCCCAAGGAGCACAGGAAAUCAAAGCCCUAUCAUGACCAUGUCUUUGUGUUCUCAAUUGUCGAUGACCACAUAUGGUUCCGUAAUUAUCAGAUAUCAUGUCCUCAUACUGGAGCAGAUAAAAUUGACCGUGGAGGCCUAGAAAAGAUGACACUGAUUGAGGUUGGACCAAGGUUUUGUUUAAAUCCUAUCAAGAUAUUUGGUGGUAGCUUUGGAGGUCCAACUCUAUAUGAGAAUCCGUAUUAUGUUUCACCAAAUCAGAUACGAGCUUUGGAGAAGAGGCAGAAGGCUGGCAAGUAUGCAAAGAAGGUUAAAGCCAAGACAAGAAGAAAAAUGCACGAGAUGACUAAUCCACUGGAGAUCGAUGAAUUUGCAGACAUGUGGAAGGAAUGAUUUUCAGUCUCAUAUGUAUGACUCUAUCUGAUCUUGCAUUUGGCAUUUUUUUUUUUUUUAAUGAAAUCUGUACCCUUGAUGAGCUUUAGUAUACAUGACUGUAGGAUUUGUCAAAUGGUUUUGUCCAAGUUUGAUAAGGAAACUUGAUGAUUUUGGUGUCUGAAUACACUGCUAUGUUGUAAUCUUUCUUCACUUAUUCACCGAAUUAACCAAAAAAGAGUAAUGUUGCAACCUUGGUUAAAGUAUGGGAGCAUGAUUUUUACUCCAUUUGUUUGCA